AUGGCCGAAUCGCACUUUCGCGUCUUCAAGGACAAGUUUCUCGCCAAAAGUUCACCAAAUUGGUACGACGCGAAGUUCAAGCGUGCCUCCCGCCCGUACGGCUACGACGACCCCGCGGCGUGGGAGAACCGGUUCCACGCAGAAUGGGCCGCACAUUGCGCGAAGAUUCUCGCUCCUCUUAAGGAACCGGCCAACAAUGAUUGGACGUGCUCGUGCCCGUCGUACCCGUACUCCGAGUUUCUCAUGUGCAAGCAUCUCGUCCAAGCUUACAUCGUCGACGUGCACGGCGUUGCAUGGAAGGAAAGUGUCAAUCUAGAAGCCUGUCUGACGGCUCCCAAGUACAAGGGGCUUCUCAAGCUCUCGUUUGGUGUCGAUCUCCCUCCGCCGCAACCCCGCCGCCAAUGCAACACAUCAAUCGCGUCCUAA